AUGGGUUUUAUCAACGAUGAUAGAGAAUUCAUUGCAGCUAUUAAAGAGGCAAAUCAUUGGGGUUCAGACAGCAUUAACAGGCCAAGACAUGUAUGGAGUAAAACAUGUCAUCUCUUAGCUGAUGGAAUACUAUAUGCUCAACAGCGAAUUGCAAACAAUAGAGGUUUGAGGUUGUCGGAUGAAGAGAUAAUGAAUUUAACAUUAAUUGAGAUUGAACGAAAUCUUCAAAGGAAGAGCCGAAGUCUAAAGGAAUUUGCUGGAAUGCCUUAUCUAAGUGGAUAUGUGGUUGAGCAGUUGGGAAAUAAGCUCAUAUACGAAGAGCGGAGUUACAAUCCAGCCGAACAAUUGCAAGAAUACAAUAAUUUGUUCUUAAAUCUUACAGAUGAGCAAAGAGGUGUAUUCAAGCGAAUAAUGGAAGCAGUAAACAAUCAACAAGGAGGCGUAUUUUUUUUGUAUGGAUACGGUGGCACAGGGAAAACCUACAUGUGGAGAACUCUAGCUUCCUACAUAAGAUCAAAGAAACAAAUUUCUUUAACUGUUGCUUCAUCGGGCAUAGCUUCACUACUACUUCCAGGAGGUCGAACGGCUCAUUCAAUGUUCAAGAUUCCAAUACCUACAAUGGAGUCUUCUACAUGUAAUAUCGACAAAGGUAGUGAUCGUGCAGAGCUACUAAAAAUGGCAAAGUUGAUAAUUUGGGAUGAAGCUCCAAUGGCACACAUAUUUUGUUUUGAAGCGUUUGAUAAAACCCUUAAAGACAUAAUGGGGCAUUCCAAUUGUUCUGACAAAUUAUUCGGAGGGAAAGUAAUUGUAUUUGGUGGAGAUUUUCGGCAAAUAUUACCAGUUGUACCAAGGGGCAGCCGUUCAGAUAUAAUACAUUCUAUAAUAAAUUCAUCAUACAUCUGGGAUCAUUGUGUUGUGCUGAAGCUUACAAAGAACAUGCGACUCCAACAAGCCGGCAAUACUUCAAGUACAUCUAAAUUAGAAUUGUUUUCUAAUUGGAUAUUAAAAGUUGGCGAUGGGAAAUUGGAAGAACCUAACGAUGGUUACACGGAUAUUCCUAUUCCAAAUGAUUUCUUAAUUUCUAACUAUGAUGAUCCACUAGAAGCCAUUGUUAGUGAAACAUAUCCGAAUUUUCUUAACAAUUACAAGAAUCCAGAAUUUUUGCAAUCAAGAGCUAUAUUGGCAGGAACAAUUGAAACGGUUGACAUCAUAAAUCAAUACGUUUUGGGAUUCAUACCAGGUGAAGAAAAGGAAUAUUUAAGUUCAGAUUCUGUAGACACUUUUGACGGUGAAGGAAAUGAAGCUUUUGAUGUUUUGACCCCGGAAUUUUUGAAUACACUUACAACUUCCGGUCUACCUAACCACAAGAUUAAAUUGAAGAUUGGGACCUCUAUUAUGUUGCUUCGAAACAUUGAUCAACCUGAAGGUCUCUGCAAUGGAACAAGGCUUAUAGUUACAAGAUUGGCAAACCACGUUAUCGAGGCAAAGAUUAUAUCUGGAAAGAAUAUUGGAGGGGUUAUCUAUAUUCCAAAAAUGGAUAUGACUCCAACACAAUCUCCGUGGCCAUUCAAAAUGACUAGAAGGCAAUUUCCCAUAACUAUAUGUUAUGCUAUGACAAUUAACAAAUCUCAAGGUCAGUCAUUGGAUUAUGUUGGAUUGUAUUUGCCUAGAAGUGUAUUUAGUUGA